GGAGACCACCGCACCGCUGAUGUCUUGUGAGUAAGUUGUUCAUCCACAGAAACUGAAUUCAUUCCGUUCUUGUUCGUUGACUGCAAAAGAGUUUCCAUCGGUUCUUCCACUUCCAUCAUCAUCGAAUCGAGAAUUAAAUUUCAAAAGAGAAAAAUAACUUAAAUAAGAAAAAAAGGAAGAAAAACCAACCAAGUGCGAAAGACUAAUUAAUUAAUUUAAAUUUAAAAAAAAGUGAUAAAAGCUCAGGAGCAAACAAAUCACCUGUGUCCAUAUCCGUAUCCGGAAAAAUCAAUCAACCUUAAAUUUAAACAAAAAAGAAACCUUUCCCACAACAACCAUGGACUUCAAUUUUUCUGAAUUGAAGCAGGAUACCCACAAAGCUAUGGACAACCCCCUCGAUCUGAAUUUAGGGGUUGAUAACAAGGCAAAAACUGCUGCUGCUGCUGAACCUGACCACUCCCCAAAAGAGGGCUCCGAAGGCAAAAAGUCCACUGGCAGUUCGCUGGACGACGACUGGCUAGUGCAUGUUGAUGAUUCCAAAAUGACCGAACAAGCAGCUGAUGAUUUUGGUGACUUCAUGACCACCGCCAAGCACAACAUCGCUGCUGCAUCAACUGACUUUGGAAAUGCCUUCAACGAAAAGUUUGAUAAGGCCGAGAAGGCCGGAAGUAACUUCAUGUCUGACAUGACCAGAGAUUUCAUGAAUGCUGAACGAGGUAUGUUUGGAUCUGCUCCAGCUCCAGUUCCAGCUGAACCUGCUGCUCCAGUUGUUAACCAAGUUGACAUCAAACCAGAACCAGUAAAAGAACCAUCACCAGCAGUACCAUUGAUUCCAGAAGCAGUAGCUCCUAAACCUGCUGCUGCACCAAUUGUACCAUCAGCUCCGGUACAUGAUGACGAAUCCGAUGAUGAUGAUGAAAAGCACUCAUCAGUGAAAAACCAAGACGAACAGAAAUCAUCUGGUAAAUUCUAUGAUGACUUCGCCGAUAAUGAUUCUCCAUCGAUAUCCUACAAUCCAUCGCCGAUCAAGAAGAAUCCAGUGGCCACAGCUCUCAAGGAGCAGGAGAACGAGAAAUUCAUCUCGUCUGAGGAUCUACUCGGCGACUUCAAGGACGAACGCACAGCAACUCCAGAAUUCAUCCAAUCGACCGCUGCUCCACACAAUCCAGCUUCUUCCGGUUUGGCUAUGGAAGAUGCCAGUGAUUUGUUGGGAAAUUUCACCAAGAGUACACCUGCAGUUGCUGAGGUUAAGAAACCCGAACCCAUUCAUCAGGAACCAGCUGCUCCUGAACCCAUCAAACCAGCUCCAAAAGUUGAGGAAAUCAAACAGAAGGAAGUCACACCACCACCAUCGCUUCCUAAGGCUGCACCUCCAGUUCCAGCUCAUGCUCCAACAUCGUCAGUUCCUCCGGCUGUGCCAGCCAGGAAAGCUCCAACACCCAAGCAGUCUCCAACCUCUGCAGGUCCUAAGAUUGUCUCGGUGGAAGAGAUUUUCUACAAAUAUGGUCUAGAUGUUUGGUUUAAGCCGGAACGUUUGCAUCCAAGAGUGGAAUCCUUAAUCUACUGGCGAGAUGUGAAGAAAUCAGGAAUCGUUUUCGGUGCUGGACUGAUAACUUUAUUGGCUAUUGCAUGCUUCUCAGUAAUCAGUGUAUUUGCAUACUUAUCAAUCAUUGCAUUAGCUGGUACAGUAUCGUUCCGUAUCUAUAAAACAGUGAUGGCAGCCAUCCAGAAAACAUCAGAAGGACAACCCUUCAAGGAAUACCUCGAACUCGAUUUGACCAUUUCCCAAGAGCGAGUACAACAAGUGGCUAGCGUUGCUGUUGCUCAUGUAAACGGAUUUACAGCUGAAUUAAGGCGAUUGUUUUUGGUUGAUGAUUUGGUUGAUUCACUGAAAUUCGGUGUUAUUCUGUGGUUCAUGACAUACAUUGGAGCUUGGUUCAAUGGCAUGACAUUGGUGAUGUUGGCCUUCGUGUCACUCUUCACUUUGCCAAAACUUUACGAAAGCAACAAACAAUCGAUCGACUCAUAUUUGGAUUUGGUCCGAACCAAGGUGACAGAAAUUACCGACAAAGUCAAAGUAGCCAUCCCAAUCGGCAAGAAGGCGCCAGUUGAGUCCGAGAAAGACAAAUAAAUCAUUUUCGCAGAUUUAAAACACAAAACAAAAAUGUUGAAUUAAACAAACAAAAAAAAAUAAAACAAAAAAAACAUUUAACUAUAGGAUAAAAAAACACAACAUUCAACAACUAUCAGCAGCAACAACAACAACAAAGAAAAAAAGAAUUGUAAUAUAAGUUGAUUACAAAUAUAUAUGUAUUACCAUCCAUACUCAUAGAUAUGUGUUUCUAUAAUUUCUUUUUGACGAUUCCUCUUAUAAAAACUUUAAUUAAUCAAAAAUAAUAAAAAACAAUAACAAUUUAAUUAAAUAAAAAGAAAAGAAAAGAAAAAAAAAACAACAUUUUAAAAAUAAGAGAGAAUCAUUUCUUAACAUCAAUCUAAAUAAUAAAAAAAAAAGAAUUAAAUAAAAUAUAAAAUUGUUACUUAAAAUGUAUUUUAUUUUAUAAUUUGCGCUCUUAAACUUGAUUUGUUGCAAAAAUAAUAAUAAAAAAAGAGACAACUUUAUUAUUAUAUACCCAUUAUUUUGUCCAUUUAGAUAUUAUAAAUAAAAAUAUGAUAAUAAAAAUGAAAAAGCAAAAUUAUAAUUUAAUUUAGUAGAAAAAAGAAUUAUUAAACUAAAGAGAACAACAACAACUUUAACAUUAUAUUAUAUUUAUAUUAUUAUUCUUCUCUUCCUAUUAUUAUAAUUUCUUCUUUUUUUUAAUUUGUAAUUAAAUUUGUUUUAAUUUUAACAUUAUACAAUGUAAAAAACAAAAACGAAGAAAUUCAAGUAAAAUGAAAACAAAACUGAAAAGAAAAGAAAAAGUAUUUCACAUUUUGCAUGAUUGAACUUUAUUUUUUGGGACAAUUUUAAGUAGACAAAUGUUGAUAUUUUGUGAAAAUAAUAAUAAAAAAAAAAACUGAAAAAAUACCGAAAUCAUGAAAUAUUUAAA